GCACUUUGACAUUUAAAGUGUCAAGUAAACAUUCAAAAACAAAAGUUGUCGAUCUAAACAAAUGUCAAGGAACUAAUCUGAAUUUAUCUUUCGAAAAUUAUAAUUAAAUGUUUCGAUUGUUCAAGAAAUAAGAAAACGAUAAUUCAAAAUGAAUCGUGAGCAAUGUUGCCGUUUGUGUAUGUCCCCAAACACUGACGAACACCUGAACAUAUUCAGUGACAUCGGAAUCGAAAUGAAGCUGGGCGAAAUCAUUGGCGAACAUUUCAAGUGCGAGGUCAGUGAGCUGGAUGCGUUACCGAAUCUCGUGUGUCAAACGUGCUGGCAAACCACAGAUGCCUUCCAUGAGCUGUAUCAAAAGUCUAAAACAGUUCAAGAAUCAUUUCUAAAUGCACCGAUUAAAGUAGAACCGGCAGAGAGCGAACUGUGGAACAGCCAUCAGGAAACCAACUUUGUCGAAGAAGUACAAUUGGAGGUUGGCCCGAUCAAACCAGAACUGAACUUAGAGGAUUCACUUUCGAAUGAUAAUGAUCAAAUGGACUAUGUUGGAAGCACAUUUGACUCGGAUGACCAAAGCGACGAUGAGGAUAACGGAAAUAUAACCGAUAAAUAUGAUCCAGACUACAAGUACAGUGAAGAUCAAGAGACCAAAUUGUCACCAAAUGAUCUACCAUCAACUGAUUUAUCACUAAAAAAGUUGCCGCUAAGCAAGACGCCACCAAAGAAGCCGAAAAAGACCAGAAAAGCUAUGAGGCGAGAUAAAGCGGAGAGAGAUAGGAAAUUUGACGAAUUUUUAUCCGAGCACAAACAUCGACUUAAAAUGGAUUGUGACCUUUGCCCGACAGUAUUCAAAAAUCUGCAAGAAGCUCGAAAACAUUAUGCCAAAAAGCACAAUAAUCCAAAUGGUUACAUCAAAUGUUGUGCAGCCAAGUUAUUCUAUCCCAGUAAUGUGAUGGACCACAUAAAAAACCACAUCGAACCAAAAACACCGAAGCCAAGAAUUCGUCGUAUAAAAAACAUGUCAUGUAGCAUUUGUUUGAAAGCAUUCACCUCGAAACGAAGUCUAUCAUUUCAUAUGAAUGUGCACGAAGAGAACGAUGAAGCGGAAGAUGUGGAAUAUUUGAAAUUCAUUGCCGAACACUUUGAUAUGAAGUGUGAUUUUUGUGAAACCGUUUUUCGUGGAUUUUAUGAGGCGCGUGAGCACUAUAAAGAAGCUCAUAACGAAAAUAGGGGUUAUAUAAAGUGUUGUAAUACAAAGCUAAGAGCAAGAUAUACUGUGAGAGAUCACAUCAAAAGUCAUCUAGAACCCGAAGUUUUCAAAUGUGAUAUAUGCGUCAAAAGUUUUACGACACAAAUGAAGUUGGCCAAACAUAAGCAUCGACAUUAUUUGACCAAGAGCAGAUCCUUUGUAUGCGAUUACUGCAAAAAGCCCUGUCGAGAUAAAGAUCAAUUAAAGAAGCACAUGUUCGCCAAACAUGUAUUCACUGAGAAGAAAUUCGAAUGUAAAAUUUGUCAUAAGAAGUUCCAAAUACCGAUAUUGUUGAAAAAUCAUAUAUAUGCGGUACAUCGGGAGAAGAAAUGCGUUGGCACAUGCGAAAUAUGCGGAAAGAGUUUUUAUACAAACUAUCAUCUUGAAAAGCAUAAGCUUCAACACAUCGAUAAAUCCGAACGAUUGUUCGAAAGGAGACAGUGUGAAAUUUGUGGCGAAUGGAUUGCAACAAAAAGUGGAGUAUUUUAUCAUAAGCAGAUUCACACAAGUGGACCGCAAAAAUGUGAACAUUGUCAAUUAGAACUUCCGAAUAGACCUUCUUAUUUGACACACAUUCGACAUUACCAUCGUGAGCACAAGUACAAAUGUAGCUUCUGUGGUAAAACAUUCCCAAUCACCUCAACAUUGAAGAAACAUGAAGAAAGCCACACAAGACACCGGGUUUAUUCCUGCAAAUUUUGUGAUAAAACAUUUUCGGUGUCAACUUCACUUUCUACACACAUGGGCCGUGAUCAUCCACAAGAGAGAGAACGUUUAAGAGAAAUGAGAAAAUUAAAGGGAAUUCCUACAGAAAGCAAAGACAAAUAAUGGUUUUGCACUGUUUUUCCUUGAGAAAAGCUGAAUAAUUUUUUAUUCUUACAUAAAUUCAAUGUUUAAGGCUUAAUUAUAUUAAUCUAAGAAAGAAUGAAAAACAACUUUAAUUAAGAUUGAA